AUGGUAGGGCCACACACCGUGACGAACAAAGCAGCCAAAGCUCCAACCAUAUCAGCAUUUUUGAACGACUACAUCUUUCCACUCAACACCAACCCGACGACGAGGACCAUCUUUCACCACGACAACUGUAUCAAGAUGGUCCGGUACGCAGCCCAAUCGAUCCCAAGCACGAAGAGUGCCCGCUCCCGUGGCUCUUAUCUGCGUGUCAGCUUCAAGAACACUCGCGAGACUGCGCAGGCGAUCAAUGGAUGGAAACUCCAGCGCGCGGUCGCUUAUCUGGAGAAUGUGAUGGCUCACAAAGAGGCUGUUCCCAUGCGAAGAUAUGCUGGCAGCACUGGCCGGUGUGCACAGGGAAAGCAAUUUGGUGUUUCCAAGGCCCGCUGGCCCGUCAAGUCCGCCGAAUUUCUCCUCUCUCUCCUCAAGAACGCUGAGGCCAAUGCCGACACCAAGGGUCUUGACACAGGCAACCUUAUCGUCCAACACAUCCAGGUCAAUCAGGCUCCCAAGCAGCGACGACGCACCUACCGUGCUCACGGCCGUAUCAACCCCUACAUGUCCAGCCCAUGCCACAUCGAGCUCAUCCUCACUGAAGGCAGUGAAGAAGUCCAGAAGCCCUCGACCGAAGUCAAGGCCAGACUUUCGUCAAGACAGCGGGGUGCUCAGAUCCGACGGGCUAUUACUGCAGCAUAG